AGGGCGGCGCGCAAGGAGCGACGGAGGCGCCAGCUCGUUGGGCGACCCGCAGCCAAGCGCUUGGGUGUCCACCCGGCGGGGCGCCCCAGCGCGGUCGGCGCGCAGGUCACCUGGGCUGACCGUGGGAAUCCCUUGUCGCGCUCGCCAAGAGAGUCUGCGUUUUCUCGGACCCCACUCCCAGCGAUCCAGCAUGUCUGCCUCUCCGUCCACCCUCAGCCGUGCCCAGCAUAGGUGGUCCUUGAUUCCUGGAUGUUCUGCCCUGUGCUACCACCAUCUUGGUGAAGGUCUCCAAGGAUGAAAAUGGAAGGAGAAGGGUCUCCAGGUUGCCCGCUGGGAGAGCCAUCCAGACGCGUUGGAGAAAUCCCUCAGGGGGUCAUUGUCGAUUGCAAGACCAAGUCCAGUGGGGGCUUGAGAGGACGAGGCAAAUCUCUGGAGGGAAAUACCGGAAGGCCCCGUGGGCAGGCCAUCCUGCCUCAGGUGAAGGAGGAAUCAGGAGAGAACGUGGCCCAGCACUGGGAAGUCCAGUGGCAGACUUUUCUGCGGACAGUGGAGUCCUCUCAUUCAGGCUGGGGAGUCGCCCAUUUUCCAGAGGACCCUUCCUUAUGGGAAGACGCCAAGACCUUCCUGGGCUCCUUCGAGCAAGUGGCCGAGGCCUGUCGGUGGCCCAGGGAGGUGUGGGUGGCUCGGCUCUUGCCCGCACUCCGGGGAGAAGCCAAGCAGGCCUUUGAUAAGUUAGAGGCUGGAGACCGAGAGGACUAUGGGAAAGUGAAGACAGCCAUCUUGCGGGGGGACGCUCUGAGCAGAGAGAAGAUUCGCCAGCGCUUCCGGCAGUUUGGCUACUGGGAGGCCGACGGGCCGAGAGCUGUCUAUGCCCGGCUGCAGGAACUCUGCCGCCAGUGGCUGAAGACCGAGAAGAACAGCAAAGAGCAGAUCGUGGAGCUGCUGGUCUUGGAACAGUUUCUGGCCAUCCUUCCCCCAGAAAUGCAGACCUGGGUGUGUGAGUGUGGCAUGGAAACCUGUGCUGAAGCGGUGGCCCUGGCGGAGGAUUUCCUUUUGAGGCAGCGAGAGGCUCAGCGGAAGGAAAAGCAGGGGGCCUUGGAGGAGGCCCAGGCUGUUUUCUCCUGGACUCCCCCAGGGCCUGGACAGGGACCCCUCUAUGCUGAAUCGAAGCAGGAAGGCAGCGAUGGACAUGCCACCUUGUUAGAAGGACCACCAAUACCCCAGCGUGAUGUCUUCUCCUGGCUGGAAGAGAAAAAAGAGACAUUUUUUCAGAGUUCAGAAGAAGAAAAAUCUGCAGAAGACGUCUCAAAGAAGGAGGAUGGGGGUGAAAUGCACAAACAGUUAGAAGGAGCCAGAUGCAAAGCCCUGAGAGAAAUCACCUGGAAUCCAGAUGACCCACAGAUGCAGGAGGGUGAUCAAGCAGGAGAAAAGGAUAAAUCGGUGUCAGGGCAGGCUGCUGAUUUGGAUGAAGUUCCAGUGCCUCAGGAAAAGCAGCGGAAGAAGCGGAAAAACAGGUGCCUCGUUGGCAUCCCAGAGGAGAGACCAAGUAAAAACUCGACCUUUGGGAAGGGGGUCGCCCUCCAUCAAAGACUCCACAGCCGCGAGCUGCCCCAUAAAUGCUUGGACUGUGGCAAGAGCUUCAGUCACAAAGCGAACCUGACGUCCCACCAGAGGGUCCACCGGUUGGAGAAACUCUACGACUGCUCCAAUUGUGGCAAGAGUUUCCUUCGUAAAUCCAUCUUGGAUAUGCACCUGAGGAUGCACACAGGACAGAAACCAUUUAGCUGUUCCGACUGCGGCUUAAGCUUAAGUGCCCAUUCGAGCCUCAUUAGGCAUCAGCGGAUCCACACUAGGGAGAAACCUUACAAAUGCUCUGAGUGUGAGAAGAGUUUCAGUCAGAACUCGGACCUGAUCCGGCAUCAGCGACUUCACACGGGGGUGAAACCGUAUCAGUGUCCUGAAUGCGGGAAGAGCUUCAGCAGGGGCGACUGCCUCGCUACUCAUCAGAAAAUCCACAUGGGGAAAGAUCAAGGUGGAAAUCAGACAGUGGCAAAAACUUUUGUGAUAAAUCAAGUCCUGUUCAGCACCUGAGAAUUUGCACGGGGGACAAGCCGCAAGUGGUGCUUACAAAACGAGAAGUGACACCCCAUCUUUUUCAGAAUAAAAGCGACAUGAUUUUUCAGGAGCG